GAUUCUUACCUCAGUAUAUGUUUUGUAUUGGCCAUUGGAAUGACAACAAUUACUUUAUUUUUUCAUUCUUCUCUUGCUGUGUGUAAUAUUCCGUAGCGAGUAAACUCUCGCUACUCGCUUUUCUAUUGUGCUUGGCGAGAGAUUUGAACAGAAUUUUCUUUUUUGUUCAAAUCGUACGUGCUUCGAAUCAAUCGAAUUUCAUUGAUUUCGAAUCGAAUUUCAUGUCCAAAAUUAAUGACGUCAUUGCAAAAUUAGCGAAUGUGUUGAAAUAAAUUGUUUAAAUAAAAUUGAAUGGUUUGUAUUGAGAAGAAUGUUGGUCAUCAUUUUCAUAGUGCGUGUGAAAUUUUCGUGGGUUUAAAAUGUUCGAUAAGAAUGUUUGAUCAGUCAUCAUGUGGAUUUUCGUCGAAUGUAAACAAAUCAAUUGCGAAAAUCAAUUCUUUUCAAAAAAAGAAAAAAAUGUGAUGCAGAAAGCGAGAGAAAUCAGUGAAAAUUUGCGUGCGAUUAAGUGUAAUUUGUGCUGUUUUUCAUUCUCUUCCAAGUGAUUAAAAAAAACCGAGUUGUAAUUAAAAGAAAGUCUCUUCGGUAAACUCAAUUUUUGUUGUUGUUUUGGAAUAUAGGCGCUAAGCAAACGAAUAUUGAUUUGGGUCAACAAUUAAUCUUUUGUACAACGAAUAAUGAAAAACACAACAAUUGUAUCGAACGAAAAAUGGCAAUAUUCACCAUUUCAUUUUACCACUGUAAAGCCACUUAAUCCAUCGUUCCGUAAUAGCACUUGUACGAUGCAAAUUAAGGCAAAAAAAAUUCUGUAUUGACCGUGGAUCUUUUUAGGAUUCUUCACUUAAAACUUUCACAAAAGUGUACUUCAUAUUGAAAAAACAAUGGCAGCAAACUUUGAACAUUGGAAAUCUCAAUUUCAUAUCUUAACAUGGAACGUAAGCUCAAAAUAUCCGGAAAAUUUGCCGGUUCACAUAUUGCUGGGAUUGGAAAAGAAAUCUGAAAUGGACACACACCAACCGGAUUUUAUUGUGAUUGGUUUGCAAGAGAUAAAUAGCCAACCGCAGAGUAUGGUAAAGGGUUUAUUCAAAGAUGAUCCAUGGACGCAACGAUUCAAGGAAUUACUCAGCGAACGUGGCUAUGUGGCAAUCAAAUCCUUGCAAAUGCAAGGUUUACUUCUGGUGGUAUUCAUGAAGCGAAAACACUUGCUGCAUGUACGCGAAGUAGAAACUGAAUACACUCGAACUGGCCUAGGUGGCAUGUGGGGUAAUAAAGGAGCUGUGAGCAUUCGAUUUAAGUUGUAUGGCGUGUCGGUAUGCCUGGUAAAUUCGCACUUGGCCGCCCAUGAUCAUAUGCUGGACGAACGGAUAAAAGAUUUUGAAAAAAUCGUUGACGAGCACAAAUUUCACGUUAAGAAAACACGAGACAUUUUUCAGCAUGAUUACGUUUUUUGGUUCGGCGAUUUAAAUUUCCGGUUGACAAAAGAGGAUGAGCUCUCACACAGUGAUAUAAAGGAAAUGGUUCACAGGGAUAGGCUGGAUGAACUGGUUGAACUCGAUCAAUUGUCGAUGAUACGUCGUCAAGGCCGUGCAUUUGCCCAAUUAGAAGAACGAUUGCCCGCUUUUCCGCCAACAUUCAAAUUCGAACAUGGUACCAAUGACUAUGACACAAAACGACGACCAGCUUGGUGUGAUCGAAUCCUUUACAAAACACCGCAAGCUGCCUUCAAGAACAUGGAACUAGUUACCGAGCAAACAUCAUAUCGAAGCCAUCCGCAAUUCACGAUAAGUGACCACAAACCAGUUACCAGCGAAUUUACGAUAAAUGUUUAUGAGGAUCCAACGGACAAAAUGGUUGAAUUUACACCGUUGCACAUAUGGGAGAUCGGUGAAGAAAAUAACAUCGAAUAUACGUUGCCACUUGGUUUUGACGAAAUGAGCAGUGAUUGGGUGGGAAUCUACAAGGAAAAUUUCGACAGCUUGGAUGAUUACAUUACGUAUGAGUACACAUCACGAAGCAAAGCACCGAACGGUGAUUAUCCGCACGACAAAGUCAUCUAUCAUUUAGAAUUUCCCGAUACCGUUGACCUUGAAGAAGAUCAACGAUUCGUAUUGUUGUACUUCCACAGUAGCAAAAAUGUGACGAGCUUGGUCGGAAUCAGUGAACCAUUCAAGGCCGAAAAACGAUGUCCAUCGCCACGCUUUGAAUCGGUUGAUUAGAUUCGGUUCGCCGUUGUUUACAUAGAUUAGCUUCGAUUAGGUUUUCAUUCAAGCAUUUGCAACGCAAAAUUCCAACAGAAACUGUUCUUUAUUUUGUUGAAUUGUUUUUCAUUCUUGUACUUGUAGGCACUAUUUUGCUACUAGUUAAGUAGCAAAACCAAUUUUUUUUUAAUGUACCAAAAUUGACCAUUUCAAAGUAAAAUUGAAUACUUGAAGGAAACAUCGUCACAAAAUUCACACACUCAUAUUAGAAUGACCGACAAAAUAGAAUACGGUUACAGCAUAUAUGUUUCGAAGUGCAAAUAUUUCUGGAACGUAAAGCGUUUUUUCAACCGAAGAAAAGUUAGUAUUCUAUAAGUGCUUAAACACAAAAUGAUGGUUGUUAAAAAUUAAUUUAGAUGGAAAUUACUUUUGAAAUUCAUAGAAUCGCCGCCUUUUUCCAAAGUUCAUUCUUUAGAUAUUGUAUUGAAAUUUAUUUAUAUAUGGAUUGCUUCGUCAGAUUGCUUAAGAUCGAACAAAGUCUCUUCAAACACAAUUACAAUCAUUGAAGAGAUUUGUUUCGAUCGGUUUGUCGAUGUGUUUGCCGUUUUUGUUUGUUGUUAUUCUGCCAAAUUGAACAAAUUAUUUAUUUACAUUGAAUUUAAUGUUAGGAACUUUCAAAAGCUUUAGCAACACUCAAAUUUUUCAACGAAGAAUUUUUUUUUUAUGACAAACCUUUCAACAUCUUUCGUCAUCCACAAGAUGCUUAAUUCAAUCACACAUUUAGUGCAUUUUUCCCAUGUCGAAUAUAGUAUUGACAAAAAAAAACGAAACUUUGUUGAAUCGCAAGAAUAUUAUGUGCAUUAUUUAAAAAGAAAUUAGGAAUAAAUUGAAUCUCAAAAAAUCGCGUUAAAUAAAAAUCAGGUGCUAAAUUUAACGAAUCUCGAUGUAAAUUCAUUCUGCCCUAUUUGAAUGUGAUGCAAAUCGUGAAAAUUACUUGAAGAAUUUUUUUAUGACAAAUUCAUGCCGAAUUUCGAAUGCCGCUCUCGACAAUUUUCUGUUUGAUUGUGCUUAGAAUCUGUAUUGCACAUAUAUAUUUCUUUAAGAUCCAACUGUAGAUGAUUCAUUACGCUACAGCUAGAUGGGUUAAAGACAUUUACAUUUUUAUAAAGAUUUACUGCAAAAAAUAGACAUACACUUAGAUUAAGUGGAAAAAUUAAAAGUUCAAAGCAAAAAAGGUUCAACAAAAAA